GGGAGGGCGGCUGCUAAACAGGAACCUUCUUGUCUUUCAUCCGACAGAUUGCCUAAUCCUAAUUCAGAGAUGGAGUUAUCAGCCUCAUCUUCCACCAUCUCUGAGCCGCAGCUGCAGGGGCCAGAGGGACAAAGCAACACCAAAACAGACUUGGCCGGGCAGAGUCUCAUCUCAUCCGAGGAAUGGCUAAAACUGCAUGGGCUUAAGAGCAGCAAAUUGACCUUGAAACAGAUUCUGUCACAGAUUGGAUUCCCUCAUUGUGAAGAUUAUGUGACUUCUCUGGGGAGACUUGUGGCUUCCCGGUAUGCUGAUGGCCUGUUUCCACAGUUCUACAGACCCGAAGAUGGCAGAGUAUACAACUUGACAGCUAAAUCAGAACUGAUCUAUCAGUUUGUGGAACAUUUAACACAAGCUGUGGAGAGUUACAAGCAGCGGAUGGACUGGCUCACCAGCAGAAGCCGACAGAUUUUUGGUGUCGUCUUGGAACAGUGCAUCACCAUAGUGCUGGAUUUUGGCGGCAUGCUGGAGGAGGAGCUUAAUCUGUGCCAAGAUGCUCUAACAAUGGUCCUCCAGGAGCAGGUGGCUCAUAUAGCCAAGUUUAAUAUCAUACGGGUUUCCCAGCGGCCUGUGAAAUGGCAGGAAAAUGCUGUUCCUGUGACCGAGCAGUCCAUAGCCGCUGCCAUCAGUUGGGUUGAGAAACUGCCUUUUGAGCUGGCUGUGAGCCAGGCUAGCUGCCUGGACGCUCUGCUGGAAGCUGGGAAUGACAAAACGAUUGAAUCCAUUUACUACUUUGUGGUGGGAGAUGUUCCUGAGCAAACCAAGGGGCUCCUCCUUCAGAGGGCUUUGGAGAUCCCGUGUCCUGUCUGCACAGUGUCCUUCAAUGCCAGAGGAGAAGGCACGACAGCUUUCUUAAAGGAUCUGAGUGCCAAGACCCACAGCAGAUUCCAUGCAUUUGCAGAGAGAACAGAGUGUGUGGAGUUUCCCCCACUUGCCGUAAAGGAUGGUGACAGUGUAAUUACUUGGAAUUUAAGGAAACUGAAAGGAAAACACCCUCCAGGAGCUGGGGUCAGAGAGGACGUGUUUCUUAUUUGGAGGGAGAUGAAGGAAGCCUGCAGCACUCUGACCCAGAUCCAGAGGCUGGUCGCUGAGCCACCCAAGUCCAAUGUGGACAAAGUAGACCAUGUUAGAGAGAUUAAGUGGCUACAGGAUAGAAGUCAAAUCCUCUUUGGAAAAGUACGUAAUGAAUGCAUCUAUGUCCUCAUUGAUACAUCUCACUCAAUGAAGAGCAAACUGGACUUGGUGAAGGACAAGAUCAUCCAGUUUAUACAGGAACAGCUGAAAUAUAAAAGGAAAUUCAAUUUUGUGCAGUUUGAUGCCCAAGCAGUUGCUUGGCAGGAAAAACUUGUUGAAAUCAAUGAAGAUAAUUUGAGAGGGGCUCAGUCCUGGGUUAGAGACAUUCAGAUCGGAAGUUCCACAAACACCCUGCAUGCCCUGCAAAUUGCUUUUGCCGAUGAAGAAACACAAGUAAUCUACCUUUUGACAGAUGGGAGACCUGAUCAGCCAACUGAAAUGGUUAUAGACCAAGUCAAAGUUUUUCAGAAAAUUCCUAUUUACACCACCUCCUUCAAUUAUAAUGAUGAGAUUGCAAAUGGAUUUUUGAACGAGCUUGCUUCUUUGACUGGAGGAGAGUUCCAUUUUUAUAAUUUUGGCUGUAAGGAUCUGUGUCCUCCAGGGACUGUUCAGAAUGAAGAUCUGACUCUUUUAAUUAAGGAAAUGGAGCAGGGACGAAGUGACCUGGAGAAGGUGCAAGACCUUUAUUCAGAGUCCUUGAUCAUGGAUUGGUGGUACAAUGGAGAAAAGGAAGGGGACAAUAAGCAUCAAAAAGAAAUCAGUUCUAUGGUUUCAACCCCAGAAAAAUAUGCAAAACCUCAUUCUGAUGUCGAGUCAACACCAAUGUCAUCCCUAAAUAUGUUGUACUUACCAGAGGAUCUUUCAAAUCAAAAGAUUCAGAAAAAGAAAGUCCUUCACGCAGAAUCAACCAAAACCAGCCUGCUCAGAAACCGGAUGUCCAGCCUCAAGAGCUCAGCUUGCAGCAAGAGGACAGACGGCCUUUCCAUUUCCAGCAGCUGGAACACUCCAAGUGACAGAGAAAUAAGCACCCUACUGACAAAUGAGUACCUAGAUGGCAAAUCAUUAGGAAGAGUGAGUCGAGAAGGAAAAGAGGUUCAUGACCAAGAUAUGUCUUCAGAAAAGUGGCUCAAGACCCAUGGCUUGGUUGCCAAGAAACUCACUGUCAUGGAUGCCUUGUCCAUGACAGCGGUCCCUCACAUCCCCACCUAUGUUCCCAUUCUGGACAAGCAUGUUGUUUCCAAGGUCUUUGAUGAGGUGUUCCCUCUGGCACACGUGUGCAACACCACCAAUAAGAUGACAUUAAUUAACCCCCAAGGAGUCAAGCUCAAUAUCUAUAAGCAAAAAGUGGAACAGGCCAUUAAGAGCUAUGAAAAGCGCUUGAAUAAAAUUGUUUGGCGAGCAUUAUCUCAAGAGGAAAAAGAAAAGUUAGAUGCAUAUAAACCCAUGCGGUACUUGGAAAACAAGGCAGCUUUAAACAGGGCAUUAGAACGGUUAAAUUGGCCCAUUUCAUUGAAGGAGCUGUCAAUGCUGGAAAAUGAAAUCCUAGCUGGGAAAAUGUAUAUCCAACAGGCCAUGGAACUCCAGGAGGCUGCCAAGAAGGAGAAUCAUGUGAGCAAGUCACAGGGAGAGCAACAGAAACCUCAAGGAAAUCCAACAAAGAAAACCAAAUCAAAAAAAUUGGAUCCCCUCAAAGGCCAGAAAGUUAUUGCAAGAUGUGAUGAAAAUGGCUUUUACUUUCCAGGGGUUGUGAAGAAGUGUGUGAGCCCCACCCAUGCACUGGUGGAUUUCAGGUACGGAGACACCAAGGCUGUGCCCACCUCGUUCAUCACGCCUAUCGGGGGCGCCAUGCCCUGUCCCCUGCUCCAGGUUGGAGAUUAUGUCUUUGCCAAAAUUGUGAUACCCAACGGAUUUGACUUCUAUGUCCCUGCCAUUGUCAUAGCACUUCCGAAUCAGGAUGUGGCCGACGAUAAAUUCUACACAGUUUUGAAAUGCAACAACCGGAGAGAAUUUUGCCCUCGGAGUGCACUUAUUAAGAUCAGCCAAAACAAGUAUGCUCUCUCUUGCUCUCAUAUAAAAUCACCCCCAAUUCAGGAGGACCCAAAAGUGGAGGAUGUAAAAACGAAGAACUCUACUUUCUUAAUAUGUCCACUCAAAGAAAUUGACACUGGGGAUUUACGAGAGCUAAGACAGGAGAACCCUAGAAAGAAGAAAAAGAAACCUGCCAAGAGGCUGCCUCUCCAGGAGAUGGUGUCCUCGGACUCAGAUGACUCUUCUCAUGGCAUCAGGUCCCAAGAGUCCAACCCCAAGAAACACCCCCAGCCCAAGGUGGGAGGGGGACGACAUCACCUAUCUCUGGAACACCCUGAAACCUCUCUCAAGAAUAGUGCACUUGAGGUCACUCCCCAGUUUCCAGGCCAGUUUAGUUCCCAGUACAGCAAAAACUCUGAGGCAGCCAGCCACGCCAUUGCUGCCAUAGCUCCACCUCAAGCAGCCCUGCCCUUCCCUCCUAGAACGACCCACAGCAGCAAAGGGCUGAGGACCACUGCUGAGAAACCUUAAAGCAGUCUAGUGGCAACUAUGUUUGAGAGAGCCAGCAUUCUUCCAGGGCUGCCCAGACCUCAGCCCCUCAUCACGGUGGAACUAGCCCCUCUGCUGAGGUAAGGCCGCCCUUCAUUCUACCCAUUCCUAUCCUGUUUGUAAAACAGAUACACUUACCUGUUAUCCCCCACCUGGAUCUCCGGUCUGUUUGUGCUUAUUGGCUCUGGCUUUUUCCAUUCUUUUUCCUAUUAUUUUCCCUGUCCUCACCACACUAUACUCAGUCUUUUGGUAAAUUCUACAUACCCAGAAGUUGAAUCUGACAAAUUAUUGUCAUAGGAUUUUCAGCUUUUUGGGGGAAGUUAAGGUAGUUAUAAUCCAAGCCUGCAGUCUUGUUUUAAAUUGAUUAUCUUAUCUGAAUUAGGAAUUUUUAUGACUUAAUGUUAAGACUGAAAUUAAGACCUAGUAACUUGUCUGAGAUCUGCAAAACAAAAUUAUUGAUUUCUGGCCAUUUUUAUUGAGCCCUUCCUAAUUAUUUUUGUUUGUAGUCUGUUGUAGGUACCUCUAAUUGAGCGCAGAACCAGAAUAAAAACUCUUACGUUGGAAACAUUUCAAAA